CCGCCACGGACUCUGACUCGCUCUGCUCCACCUGGCGGGACACCCUGUGUGCAGAGGAACCGGUUCCCGGCAACAUGGUUUCCGCAGCGGCGCGCAGCCUCGCCAUGUCUCUGCUGCUGCUGCUGCUGCUGCGGGUCCUGCCCACGGCGUCCCACUCCAUGUCCCUGCAGGCUGGCUUCCUGGAGGACACGGGGGGCAGCGGGGAGGCCGAGGGCUCGUCGGCCUCCUCCCCGAGCCUUCCGCCGCCCCAGACCCCGGCCCUCAGCCCCACGUCGGUGGGGCCCGAGCCCACGCCCCUGGCGGGCCCGAAGCCCCCCACCAACUUCCUGGACGGCAUCGUGGAUUUCUUCCGCCAGUACGUGAUGCUCAUCGCCGUGGUGGGCUCCCUGGUCUUCCUGCUGAUGUUCAUCGUCUGUGCGGCUCUCAUCACCCGCCAGAAGCACAAGGCCUCUGCCUACUACCCCUCGUCCUUCCCCAAGAAGAAGUACGUAGACCAGAGCGACUGCGCGGGGGGCCCCCGGGCCUUCAGCGAGGUCCCCGACCGGGCUCCCGACGGCCGGCCCGAGGAGACCCUGGAUUCCUCCCAGCAGCUCCAGGCUCACAUCCUCGCCGCCACCCAGAACCUCAAGUCUCCCUCCAGGGCCGCCCCAAGCAGUGGAGACCUAGCCAGGGCACUAGAGGUUGUUAGGUCAGAGGACGAGGAGAAAGGCCCCCGGGAGGCGGACCUGGAAGUCCAGGGACGUGCGCUUCCGGGGGAGAAACCCGAGGUGCCUCCUCUGCCAGAGGAGCCCUGCUCAAUGGAGGUGGACGCAGCUGCAGGUGCGGCGGCAGCCACUGAAGGUCAAGGAGAGCCAGACGUGGCUCCCUCACUCACCCAGGAAGCCGGGGGCCCAGCUGGUCCCCCCGAAAACCCCUGUGCUUGCGGCAAUGUCCCCCCCAGCAUCUAA